AUGCCCCUCCUCCCUCUAACAGCAGGGCUCAAAGCUCUUGCCCCGACAGUCGGCUUCAUCUACGGAGUCCAGGCAGCCUGCGCAUCAAUCGCCGUGCCAAAGAAGACGGAAAAGUACUACGAUCUCUGCGGAUCACUGGGCUUCAUCUCUGCUGUGGGCUUCUCCCUCUACUACCCUAGCUUGAAGGCCAAGUACUUGAUGGGAAGCACGGCAGCCUUGCCUGCCAUCACAGCCUUCGCUCCGCGCCAGCUUAUCAUGAGCGGAUUAACUAUGCUUUGGGCUGGUCGAUUGGGAAGCUUCCUCUUUGCUCGUAUCCAAAAGCACGGCGGCGACUCCCGUUUCGACGACAUCAAGCCGAACCCUCUCAAGUUCUUCGGCGCAUGGAUGAUGCAGGCAACCUGGAUCACCCUGACCGCUCUCCCAGUCUGGCUAGUCAACACGACGCCUCGCGUCCUCCAACCCGGUCUCCGUCCCCUCGACUUCCUCGGCCUUACAGUCUGGGCCCUCGGCAUGGGGCUCGAGGUCAUCGCCGACCGCGAGAAGUCGGCCUGGCGCGAGGAGAAGUCUCAAGGAAAGCACAAUGAGCAAUUCAUCUCCCGCGGCACCUGGAGCUGGACGCGUCACCCCAACUACUUUGGUGAAGUCUCCCUCUGGACGGGGCAGUACAUCCUCUCCCUCUCUGCCCUCUCCGCUGCCGCUUCUACCACGGGCGCGGUCGUCUCCUCUGCUCCUUGGUACCCUUCGUGGAUUACCUUUGCGGCAGCCGCAUCGCCUGUGCUCGAGUACUGCUUGAUUAGGUAUAUCUCCGGUGUGCCGAUGUUGGAGAAGUCGAUUGACAAGAAGUUGGGCGAUGAUCCUAAGUGGAAGAAGUACAAGGAGGAAACGCCCGCCUUCAUUCCUUUCAUCGGGCCCAAGAACUGAUUGCGACGUGAAGAGAAGUCCAGGGUGGUCCUCAAUAGGCCCGAAAGGGAUCGAUGACUAUGCAAAGCAUCUACGUUACCCUACUUUCUUGUUGCCGUUUGCUUUCUGACUAGCAGC